AUGGUCUUCCAACGGUACAACGCGACCGAGAUGAAUCCGAAUCCGCAUAUCAACUUUAUCACUGCACUCAAUACGGAGCAAAAUGCAGAUGUAGCAUUGAAGAUACUACGAGCAGUGGCUGCACAGCUGAGACCGGUAAUGAAGAAGCACGGACUCGAAAUAAACUCGUUUGAAGAGUACGAACACAACUCUGUCUUCCUGGGUCGAAAUUGGAAUGCCGGAGAGACAGUCGAGCUGGUCCUGCGUCGCGGAGACGGGUCAUUCUAUUCGACGCCUCAUUUAAUCAGCGUCUUUUGUCACGAGCUUUCACAUAUCAAGAAUAUGCAUCACGGACCCAGCUUUUGGAAGUUUUAUAGAGAACUCAAGGCAGAAGUGGCUGUUUUGCAACGAGCAAAGUACUUUGGCGACGGAUUCUGGUCUUCGGGCAAGAUGCUCAUAGACGGUGUUGAGCAGGACCGUAUGAGGGAGACGGACGAUUUCCCAGAGUAUCUUUGCGGAGGUGCACACACAAUGUCGCCACCACGUCGAGGUCAAGGUCGGAAACGCGUCGCACGUAAGCAGGCCGGUCCUUCUCUUCACACUGGAACGCAGACGACAAGAAAAGUCAAACCUGGGAGUCGUGUUCGUAGUCACAACGCGUUCAAAGGCGAUGGCAAGGCGCUCAAUGCGGACGAAGACGAGGAGACUCGGGCAAAGCUGGGUACUGGAUUUCGCAAGCAAGCUGGAAGCAAGAAGGCACGAGAUAUUCGAGCGGCAGCCAUCGAGGCGAGGUUGAAUCAGUCCAAGAAUAUAACUGCUCCUAAAGGACCACAGGAACCGCCAUCUGACAGUGAAACGGAGGACGAGGAGGACUAUGUCCGGAUCGACGAGACGGAUGCAGAUCGCCGAAGACUAAUGGACGAAAGUGUCAAGAUGUCCGAUAUGAGCAAUCUCAAGAGUCAGUCGUUACUUACUGACCACUGGAAGAAGGGCCCGAUUUCGUCGGCGAUGGGCGUACCACUGGUCGACUUGUCCGACGAGGAGGGAGAGGACGUAAUUGGAAAAGGGGAUGCUGUGGAGACGGUGCUCCGACUCGGACUGCUCGAGAUGGAGAGCGGUACCGAGAUGAAUGGAGGUCUGACCCUGGAGACCAAGACUGAAGGCCGCAGCACAGAAGGCUCUUCGAGAGAAUGGGCUUGCGGGGUGUGCACAUUCCUCAAUGCGAAACCGCUGGGCUUGCAAUGCGAAGUAUGCGGCUCGCCCAUUGAUUUUGAGGGAGAAGUCAAUUUGUUCCAUUUUAUCCUCCUCCGGAGCGUAGGCAAGGGCGCCUUUGGCAAAGUUCGGGUCGUCCAGCACAAACAGUCUCGAGAACUUUAUGCUCUCAAAUACAUUAACAAGGCCAAAUGCGUCAAGAUGAAAGCGGUGGCCAAUAUCAUCCAGGAGCGAAGAUUGCUCGAAGAGAUUGACCAUCCCUUUGUCGUCAACCUUCGCUAUGCGUUCCAAGACGAUGAAAACUGCUUUUUCGUCCUCGACCUGAUGCUCGGAGGCGACCUUCGCUUCCACUUGGAGCGUCUCGGCUCUCUCUCUGAAGAUGCCGUUCGAUUCUACGUUGCCGAGCUGUCGACCGCCCUCGCCUUUUUGCACGACAAGAGGAUCAUCCAUCGCGAUCUCAAGCCGGAUAACAUUCUCCUCGACGAAAAAGGCCAUGCGCACUUGACAGAUUUCAACAUUGCAGUGCAUUAUUCGGAGAGAAGAUUGCUGACAGGCGUUGCCGGGAGUAUGGCGUACAUGGCUCCGGAGGUUCUCGCAAAGAAGGGCUAUACGUACACUAUCGACUGGUGGUCACUGGGAGUUUGCGCCUACGAGUUGAUUUUCGGACGCAGACCGUUCCGGGGCAAGACCAAUUCGGAUCUAACGCACGCUAUUGCUCGAGACCACCUGCGCUUCCCUGAAGAUGCAGACGGCAGGUGUUCUCGCGAGGGGCUCACGGCCCUGAAGAUGUUCCUAGAUCGCGAUACUAAUCGGCGUCUGGGCUGCAAGCCGCAUGGAGAGGGCUUGAACGAUGUGAAGAAUCAUCCGUGGUUUAAGAGCAUCGACUGGGACCGUUUGGAGAACAAGGAAUUGACCCCCAUUUUCCAACCAGACCAAAAGAAGGCAAACUUCGAUGCGACACACGAGCUUGAAGAACUUUUGUUGGAGGAGAACCCGCUCAAGGCGCGAAAGAGAAAGGAACAAGACAUCAAUACUCUGAGCGCGGAGAUGCGACAAAUGGAGGAGCAGUUUACGCCCUACGACUUUAAGAAGAUGCAGCGGCGAUCCUACUAUCCUCAAAACCAGCAAAUAAUGACGACCAUGACUGCCACAAGUUCAAUGGGCCUCACUCCCUCUCGCCCAGAAACGCCUGCGGAUGGAGUCAGUGUCAAUGGCGGUCGUAAGACGGACGACUUUUCGCCUAUGCAGGCUGUACCGCUGGGCAGAGUCGGUGGAGUCAGUCCCGGCUACCAAUAA